CUCCAAUUGCUUUCACCUCAUCUAUCAACGUCAACUCUAGCAGCAUAGACAAUCGUUACUCCGUCGUAGGUGAUUGAAAAGGUAGGACUAAUGUUCCAGACAAGAGACUGAAACAAAUCGAAGUUGUGUUGCAGCCACGGGUUUUUAGACUGGAGGCGGCUGAUGGAGUAAGACGUGGCCAGGCCGACUCGCCAGAGACCUACGCCCUGCAUGCUCACGGCGGGCAUAUGUGAGACUUCUGGAACUGCAGGCAGUGCUUGCUGCCAGAGCCAUCAAAUUUCGCAGAUAAAGGUGUGUCUCGCCGUCUGGCCCGUUUAAAACACGGUUGGCAGAGCUUUAUAUCAACCUCUGUCCACAAGAAAGGAGCAACAAGCUGCCCAUCGGCCAUGUCCGAGCUUGAAUCUGGAAAAUUGGGAUUUGAAGAAAUCCCUGGACAAACGGCGGCCUGAUAUAUGAGGGUUGUAAGGUAGCAGAAUGCCUGCCUAAAGCGGUGCUGAGAAAAUGUCCUGGCCCGCUACUGAGCGAGGCCGCGAACUACAGCAACUUUCCUCGCCUGUUACGGUCCCACAGGAAGGCGAGCACGAACCUACGCCAUUGGACGAGGAAUCACAUCCCCGCGAGGCAUCAUCACUCCCACCUCCGGAUGGUGGCAGGGCAGCCUGGCGACUUCUUUUAUCGUCCUUUGUCUUCGAGGCCUUGCUCUGGGGCUUUCCACUGUCAUUUGGCGUCUUCCAAGACUAUUACACGCAACUGGCUCAAUUCAAAGAUGACCCGUACGUCUCUGUUAUCGGCACAGUCGCCACCGGUUUGACAUACAUGGCUGCUCCAGUCGUAAUUCCUCUGACCAAGCGGUAUGCAAUAUGGAGGCGUCGGAUGGUAUGGAUCGGAUGGACCCUUUGCCUCAUUGGGUUGAUCGCCGGAUCUUUCGCCACGACCCUCAAUACACUUGUUCUCACACAGGGUGUCUUGUACGGUUUGGGCUUUACCAUAUCUGAAUAUCCGAUCCUCUCCAUGAUCAAUGAGUAUUGGAUCUCUCGACGGGGCAUGGCUUACGGCUUCAUAUGCGCCUCCUCGGGCCUCUCAGGCGCGGGCUUUCCGUUCCUGAUCAACCAACUACUCGCGCGAUAUGGCUAUCAGACAACGCUUCGAAGCAUAGCAAUCGGACUGUUCGUCUUGACUGGCCCACUAAUACCGAACUUCAAGGGGCGGCUACCCGAAAGCGAAAGCACUGCUCCCGGCAAGACAGACUGGUCAUUCCUCAAGACAAGCUUGUUCUGGGUCUACAGUGCCAGUAACCUUGCAAUGGGCUUGGCAUACUUCUUUCCAUCACUAUAUCUGCCCUCGUAUGCCACAGCGCAUGGAAUGGGGUCGAUGCGCGGUGCUCUCCUGCUCGCUGUCAUGAGCAUAUCCCAGGUCCUGGGCCAGAUGACCUUCGGGUACCUUUCAGAUCGAAGACUCCCUCUCAGCAUUCUUACCAUCAGCUCCCCAUUGGUCGCUGGCGUUGCGGCAUACACCUGCUGGGGCCUGGCUCGCAGCAUGUCUCUCCUCGCAGUUUUCGCUGUGAUUUACGGCUCCUUUGGAGCUGGAUACACCGCUCUCUGGGGUCGCAUAGGCAUGAAAAUCAGCAGUGAGCCGACCGCCGCGUUUGCUGCAUUCGGUCUGUUGAAUUUCGGCAAGGGCGUCGGGAAUGUGCUUGCUGGACCUAUCGGGAGCACCCUGGUGAAACACGGUGCUGUCAUUGUCGACCAUUAUGGCGCCGGGAAGUACGAGAACGUGGUACUGUUUGUGGGAUCUGCAAUGAUGCUGAGCGCUGCCAUCAUUGCAAUUCAAAACCUACAGAGUUCUAAGCUGACGAAUUUGCUCCGACAAUAAAACUUUGGACGAGCGAGAGAACAUCUCCACUUCGACAGUGCCCCCUACGGACUGUGUAGCGCCACGGGUGGGAGACAGUUGAGCCAUCGUGCCUCAUCCACACGACCCAGCAGCAACCCCUUUUGCGCUGGGCAGUUGCGGCGCUACGGCCGUGAGCGAAGUCCAAGUUCCCUUGAUUAACUCAAGCGUCCAGAAAGACAUCAACCUUGCACAAUCUAAAACCAUGAGAUACAGUUCUAUCACUAUCCUGGUAGGUGGAGGUAUUUUAUCUUCAUGUGGUUUCGAUGCUAUGCCUUGCAUGGUAAUGGCUGGAGAACCUUACACCAACUCAACUCAACUACAGUGGGACCUCGCGUGUUUUUUGGGCCAAGAGGCUAUUGCCAUUGUCUUGGUCUGAUCGACUAUAAUAGAUCGUACAACGCUGUAACACGAGCCUGCCGCGAGAGGUUUCCUCGUGGACACAGUCCAAGAUGGAGUUCUGGGUUCCAGGUACAUGAGUCCAACAGUGACAGGUCCACAAAAACUGUUUACCUUUUUAUUGUCCAAAUAAAAAUUAAGUCAACCACAUGUCCCCAAUCAGCAAAGAAAGUGCACUCUUCCAGGAAUUUCUUUUCCACCGCCCACCUGCCUAGUAACCUGGGACUUGCUUGACACACCACAGAAGCAAACUGGGAUCCUCAGAUCAUUGCCACGAGCAUCGGCAAAAGCAAUGGAACUUGUGGCUAUUCACGCAUCUGGAAUAACUCGAAGAAAUCUACAUCAAUCUGAAUCCACGCCAUUUUCGGCCGGCAUUCCCGAAUCGUCGUGUAUGAGCGGUCGAGGUCCAGCACCUAAAGUCGUCAUAUACUGCCUGCAUUCCUCUCUUCUGCUUUCGAUAAAAUCAGAGGUCAAUACCUGCCCCAGCACUUCGUUUUGGCUGCCGAGUGUUCCAAUGGUCUUUGCGAGGUCCUCGAUGCAAGCAAAUUUCCCAUACCAGCAGUCGCGAAUAACACGCUCCUUCAUGUCGUUUGGGUCCAAAUGGGGAAAAUCCAUAUUCUGCAGUUUGUCGACGGUGAUAGGGCCGUGCUCCUCCCCGAACCAUUGAUCAUCGUACGGUUCAUACCCCUUCACCAUAUAGUAGAAAACCGAACCGAUGGCAAAUUGCUCAGUGCGUGGACCUAAAAGACCAAAAUAGCCUCGAAGGUCACCAGCUUCAUCCCCUAAUACUCUGCAAUAUGGUGCCGUCCCCACCUCAACAUCCGUCCCAAUGGCCUGAGUAUUGUCAAAGUCGGCGAGCUUGAGGUGGUCUUCGGCAUCAAGCAGGAGAUUCGCCGGUCGAAUAUCAGCGUGCGCAAGUCCGAGAGAUUCCAGCCAAGCUGCAGCCAUUGCCAACUCUUUUGCCCAUCGCAAGAUUAAAGGCUCCGGUUCAGUUGUGCAUGCCACGACUUGUCCCGUGGCUGGAUUUCUGCUUUGUCGACUUCGAAGUCGCAUCUCCAGAUUCCCCCCUGAAAGCCGCUGCAUGAAGUUCAGGUUGGGGACACGCAUAAAGCUGUAGACGAUAUGGGGGCAGGGAGCAUGGCGUUCAAGGAUGUCGAAAAUACGUUUCUCGUUCUCGAAACGCGGAUCGCCAUGUUCUAUUGCGUACUUCAGAGCAAUAUGGUCAGAUAGUUCGAAAACUAGCCCGAGAUCACCCCAUCCCAGAAGUUUGUAGAUUUCUUGCAAGGGAAGGGAUUGCAUGUUCUGUGAAUGAUUUUGGGGAUAGUCAAGGGCAACUCUUGCAGUGGUUUAUUACCUAAGAUAUCUGGAGCGCUGCGUGGCACCUACUAGUGGGUGCCUGGUACGGAAGAGGAAAGGUGAGGUCUACUUACUUGCGCUAACAAGUGCCAAGACUAUCUGAUGCAUCUUGUCAGCCACUGCAGUGCCCGCGAUUCCCACAGAGACCGUUGCCAAGGCGCUAAUCCCCGCAAGACUAAAAGUAGUACAAGUGGAUUGCUG